GUCAUCAGACCAAGGCCCAUUACGGGUUCAAUGAUCCGGAUCUUGGUUCCCAACUGGUCCUGCGUCCUGUCAGUCAUUCAUGACCUUCACCUCUAUCGGGACACAGCCUUAAAGCGCCAACGCUCACACAGGAGCUUUCCUCUGUUAACCACCGCUGGACCUCCACCCAUGGCAGAGAACAAGCCGUACCGCUAUGGGCUCAUUGUUUUGGGGAUGGCGCUGGUGGCGUUGGGUCUGUUCAUGAUGUCCGUAGAGGAGCCACAUGUGUUCGCCACGUUCUGUGCUAUGGGAGUGCUGCUGAUGGCCACAGGAACAGUUUGGUCUGUGUGUCAGUGUUACCCCAGGGUUACUCUUAUACUACUGGAAAAGGAAGAGCUCUGUGCGAGUGAAAAACAGGAUCCACGUGAUGCUGAAAGCUUGGACGAUAAAAGUGCAACAGAACCAGUAAGAGCUCCAUUGGCUGGCUUCUGUGAGGAUGAAAAAGUGGAUAUAUCAGCAGAUCUACAACUCCACACAGAGGACAAACACGACGAGUGUGCUAUCGUUCUUCACACAUCUAACAGAACCGUGACCUCCUCCAGCAAUCCACUGCCAGAGAGCAACAUUUCAGGAAAAGACUCUAAUAAAGAGAUGUAUUAUGGGAAAGUAGAGGACUCGUGUAACAGAUCUGAUUUGGAUAGUGACUGAUACUUUUUGGUUUAAACAUUUUUAUUUUUCGUAAAUUAAACAAAGAAAAUAUUUAAUAAAUUAAUAAAACAUGUUGA